AAUGCAGGGGGAGGGGGGUGGCUUUUGUUCUGCAGAAAAAGGGGGCUUGUUCCUCGCAGAUCGUCCUUCCAUUUUAACCAGGGGUGUGAGUGCGAACAAGGGGUUGACAUUGGAGCCUGCGAUGGGAGGAGAGGAGGGGAGACUGGAGAGUCGCCAGUCCUGCACUACCGAUCAAUGAGGCAACAUCACCCGUUCUGAACGCAAGGGACGCGCACGUUAUCCACCACCGAGAAGCCCGAUAUAUAAACUCUCUACAACCGGCUAAACUGGAAGAUAGCUACUGAGGAUUCUCUGAAGGAAUUACAAAGAGAUAAAUAUUACAGCGAAUGAACUGUCAUCUUCAUUGGCAUAGGAUGACCUUUUUUGCUUUUGCAUUUGUAUUCUUAUUAUUAGAAAACUCACCAGCGCUUUUGACAAAACUUGAAUGCACCUUUUCUAAGUGCACUUAAACGUUGGUAAACUAGAGGGCCGCCUGACCGACAGACAGACACUUAUCAAUAAUCAUUCAUCAUUGUUAUCAAUGAUCAUUUUCAGUUUAGCAUUUCACUGUCAAGGUUGACGAUAAUUCGUGAGCGUCCGUCUUUCCAAAACAGGCUAUGGACAUUUAUUUGACGUGAAAUGUAGCCCAUUUUUUUACAACGACAAAAAAAUAACCACGUCCUCCAGCCUUGGUCGUUUGGGAUUUUAAUGAAGUCUUUGAAGAGCGAGGAUUGCAACCGAAACCAGUGUUUCACAAAGCCUAUCUUUACCAAAUAACCUCGAUUUUGAAACACUGCAAGCCCUGUCAGCUGCAUUUAUCGAAGGAACAAUCAACACAAUCAACAUGCGACGCCUCCCAUCCCAGUUGAGUUAUCUGUUCCUACACUUCUUUGCAUUCUGCUACUAUGCUCAGGUAACCAAUCAGUCCUCGCCUAAUUUCACGCAGCAUGUAAGCGAACAGAGCAAGGUGACGGACCGUGUGAGCCGCAGGUUAAUUCGGACCUACCAGCUUUACAGCCGAACCAGCGGGAAGCACGUACAGGUUCUGCCCAACAAGAAGAUCAACGCCAUGGCAGACGAUGGAGACGUAUACGCCAAACUCGUCGUAGAGACGGACACGUUUGGAAGUCGCGUGCGGAUCAAAGGAGCAGAGACAGGACUCUACAUCUGCAUGAACAAGAGGGGGAAGCUGGUCGGAAAGAGAAAUGGGCAAGGCCACGACUGCAUCUUCUCAGAGAUUGUCCUGGAGAAUAACUACACGGCGCUGAGGAACGCACGCUACGAGGGCUGGUACAUGGGUUUCACCCGACGUGGACGCCCCCGGAAAGGCUCGCGAACGCGGCAGCACCAACGCGAGGUCCAUUUUAUGAAACGAUUGCCUCUGGGAUCCCAUCCCACCCAUCCGGCCCAGCACAAGCCCUUUGACUUCGUCCACUACCCCUUCAGCCCCAGGACUAAACGCACACGCUUCUCAGCCGAACGCUGAGGGGGGUCAGAGAGGGAGGAAAAGAGGAGGAGGAAAAAACACUGACUGAAGCUGAAAUGAACUCCUCUGUCCAAAACCUCUAGAGACAUUUGUUUUUGUACUGAACAUUACUAUACCUAACAUGUAGUUUUUACAUUUUUUUUUUCAGAAAGUAAAGAAAACAGAAACAAAUAAGAAGUCUAUUUUUGUACUUGAGACUUUUAGUACUGACCUGUGUUAAGUUGUUUCUAGAUGCACAUAACUCAUCGGACAUUUGGGGUGCUGACCUCUCUUCGUAGAGAGUGGACUUUUUAUCAUCUCUGUAUUUUAGGUUGUGUUUUUACUUUUGUUUGACGGUUGAGUUGUUUGGACUCACACUUGCUGCUCCAAGAGACUUGAAGGGCCCUGAUCGACCGCACUGCCAGAAUACGCUGUGUUCAGCGACACAUACAGUACACACCCCACGCACACGCGCACGCACACACACACGCACACACGCACACACACACACACACACACACACACACACACACACACACACACACACACACACACACACACACACACACACACACACACACACACACACACACACACACACACACACACACACACACACAAAGCAUAAAUGCUGCGUUCAGGAGCUCAGUAUUGGGUAAUGUCGCGUUCAGUCUUACACACAGCCACGGCACCUCUGCUUUGAACACUGUGGUGUGCCCCUGCUACUUCUGGAAUUCUAUACAGACAAACACAGUUAAAGCAAACAGAGCUUUAAGGACACACAAUGGAACAUGUGGCAGCUACAUUGAUAAUCACAGGUUUCUUGCUAUAGUUCUAACUAAAUUAGAGGUGUAAAAAUGCAUCGACAUGUAGGAAACUCCCUUUGAUUUUGUUGCCCUUUGGUUUGUCUGUUUUUAUACAUAUAUAAAUCUAUUUUUAUUUGAGGAUGUGUGCAAAUAAUUUUAAUGACAGGAUAUUUAUUUAAAAUGUGUAAUAAAUGUACAUUAGAAUACGGAUAUUAAACUCUUGUUGGUUAA